AUGUCCGUUGAGCAAGCCAUGGAGGACGAGAUAGUGCUCAUCGAAGAAGCAGAAGUGGACACUCGAACACCGGACGAAGCCCCUCUCAAACCCCCCGGCACUUCGUCGACGCUGGAUAGAGAAGAGGGCGAGAUGUUUCCAGAAGGUGUUUGUGAGCGGUUCCACAGCCUGACAUGGUGGAGGCGGCCGAGUAUCUGGUGGCUUUUACCGUGUGUGCUGCUCUUCACCCUGGGGUUUGGAUCGCUCUCGGUGCCCAAGGUCAAUCUGGUCCUCAACCUCGUCUGCCGCGACUAUCUGGCCGAGAAGGCGGCCGGUGAUCCCGGCUUCACAUACCUACCCGUGAUCUUCGACGGGGAGAACUCCCAGUGCCGGAUCCCCGAGGUGCAGUCGCUCGCCGCGGGUUUCCAGCUGUAUAUCAGCCUGAUUUCAGGCAUCUUGUCGGCCCUGGUCAGCCCCCGACUGGGUCUGUUGUCAGACCACCAUGGCCGGACCAAGCUGAUGGCCUAUUCGGCUGCCAUGGCUGUUGUGGGCGAGACGAUGACGCUGAUCGUGGCCACCCGGCCGCAUACCAUGUCGGUGAACUUCCUUCUUCUGGGUGCCUUCUUCGACGGUCUCGGCGGCUCUUUUACGACCAUGAUGGCCCUGGUACACUCGUACGCGUCCGACUGUACUCCCACGGAGCAGAGAAAUGUGGCCUUUGGCUAUUUCCACGGCGCGCUGUUCUCCGGUAUCGCCCUCGGCCCUUUUUUGGCGGCGUUCCUGAUUAAAACGACGGGAGACUCUGUGGUGGUGUUUGUCACCUCGCUCUCGCUCCACUCGUUCUACCUUCUCAUGAUCUCGCUUGUGGUCCCGGAAUCCCUGUCCAAGGAGCAGCAGCACAUGGCACAGAAACGGCACCAGGAACGGCGGUCCCAACGGGAAGAAGAAGACGAGGCAUCGCUCCUCUUCCACGGCAGACUUUCUCUGAAGCAGCUGAACCCGCUGAAUUUCCUCGCUCCGCUGGCGAUCCUCGCCCCGGCGGUCGGCAAACCCAGCCCCCUCUUCCCCGGGCCUCGCGGCGCCAGCCCGGCGCUGCGCCGCAACAUCAUCCUCCUGGCGGCCAUCGACACCGUCGUCUUCGGCGUGACGAUGGGCAUGGUGCAGAUCCUCAUCAUCUAUCUCGGGUACAUGUUCGGUUGGGGCAACGUCGAGUCGAGCAUCUUCGUCUCGAUCGUCAAUUCCGUCAAGGUGGUCAUUUUGUUCAUCGUGCUGCCUCUCAUCACUCGCUUCUUCAGACACCGCCCCGCCGACGGCACACCCCAUCGCAACACAGGCUCCGACAUGCUCGACAUCGUGCUCAUCCGCCUCUCCGUUUUCUUCGAUUUCGUCGGCUACGCCGGGUACGCCCUCUCGCGCCAUGGGUCCAUGAUGACUCUGUCGGGCAUCGUGACCGCCAUGGGCGGCAUGGGCUCCCCUACUCUCCAAUCCUCCCUCACCAAACACGUCCCCCACGACCGCGUAGGGCAGAUGCUGGGUGCGACGGGCCUCCUGCAUGCCCUCUCCCGAGUGUGUGCCCCGUUGGUCUUCAACCUGAUCUACAGCGCUACCGUCGGCACCAUGACACAGGCCUCCCCCGGUACGCCGGCCGUUCCCUCGCGGAACGCGCUGCGUGUCUUGCGGAAACUGGCGCUGGCGGGCUCGACGGUCGGCAGCUUCUGCACCAUCGCCGCCAUGACGUACGAGGUCAAUCGUCGCGUCCGGGUUGCCGAGCGCAUCGUCGAGAACAAGCGGGCGCUGCAGACCUCGGCGCCGCACUACGAUGCCACCGCUGCGGCGGGUCGGUUGGCCCGGAUGAUGGAGGCGGCGGAGGCGGGCGAGUUCAUGGGGAUGGCGUCCUUCAAGAAGGAGGAGGAGGAGCGAAACCUGCGGUCGAGGCCGUCUUUCUCUGUGGAAAACGAGGAGCCUCAUCACGGCGACAGGCUCACUAGGGAGCCUAAUUCCACCAUACAACAGAUCAGGGGGUUGAUCGACCGGGAUCGGCCGAUCGAGGCCGCUCAGCUGUUUCUCGACACACAUCCUGCCACCGUCCAGGGGCUGUCGUUCGACCGACGGGAGCUCCUGGUUCAGCUUUUCUAUCUGAACUGCAAGCAGGACAAUGUGUUUAUUGCACGCACGCUCUUCCGGCGGCUCGAGGAGAUUGAUAAAGUGCCCGCGUCCAUGUGGAAGACGCUGCUGGUCUUGCUGGCGAAGAAGGGAUGCAUCGAGUCCGCCGCGUCGCUGUACACGCAAUACAUGCACCGGUUCUUCCUGCCAGAGGACCUCGUGGACGUGGUCAUCCGAUGCCUGGUCGAAUCCCGGCGGCUGACCACGGCCAAGUUUGUCCUGUUCCGCAACCUCCAGUACGACCGAUCGUGCGGGAUCUGCGGAGCCUAUCUGGCUGGGCUGUGGCGGAAGACACGGAGUAUCGAACUCAUCAAUGGGCAGUUGAAGAAACUGCUCUCGACGCUGCCGCGGGUGGGCAAGUUGCCGACCGAGAAGUUGUUCAACCCGGUCCUGAAGGCGUACAUCGAGUUUGGCCGGUACGGGGACGCCGAGGCCCUGGCCAAAGAAAUGCAGACCCGCUAUUCCCUGGCCCCAAGCUGUCGCACCAAGGGCUUGCUGGUCUACGCCAAGGCGCUCAGAUGUGACUGGGAGGCCGUGGAGCUCGGCCUGCAGGAGAUGCACGACCUGGGGCUGACGAAGAAUUACAAGCAAUUCGCCAACGUCUUCGACCGGAUCUUGCUGGAGUUCUACCCGGCGCAUUCGGGCGGCGCCAUCCGCGACUUUCUCAUGCGCAGCAUCGACAAGUACAAUAUUAUUCCCGACGAGGUCUUGUACCGGCAUAUGAUGCAAGCCCUGAUCGAGAGGGGCGACAAGGAUAUGAUCUCGGAGCUCACCACGGUGGGCCAGGAACGCUCGUGGCGGGUGUCGAUGAACGAGAAGGAGUUCAAGGCCCUGCUCCGCGCGCGGCGGUUCGCCCUGGAGCACUCCCCCGUGGGCUUCUGGCAGAUGUUGCAGGCGGCCAAGGUGAAGUACACGCAGGCGGCAUGGUCGCAGCAGCUGCUUGGAUACGACCAGCGGUCCUUCCCCAUCGACGAGGUGAACGAAAUGCCGCUCACCCGGGAGACGAUGACGUGGUUCGAGCGCACGCUGCGCGAGACCACCCCGUCCAAGGCGGUGGACAGCUACCAAGCGCUCGACAAGCAGAUGGCGCACUACAUGCACGUGGGCAAGAUGGCCGAGGCGCUCGACUGCUUCUCACGGGCCAAAAACGCCGAGUACACGAUGCGAGCCCUGCACGUGGAGCUGGCCGUGGUGGCCACCCUGCUCUCGGACGGGCUCGGGGCUGCGCGCGCGCUGAUCGAGACGGAGUGGCGGGAGAUCCGCCAUCGGCUGACCUUCAUGCCGUACUUCUUCCAGCGGCUGCUGGCGCUCGACGUCGCCGUCGCCGAGACGGAGGCCCUCCAGCUCGGGCUGUUCCAUUUCUACCACCUGUGCUGGGAGAACCCGCGGAUGAUCGUCAAGCACCACAUCACCGUGGCGACGAGCCACCGGCUGCUGAGCCAGAACCAGCCGGAAGCGGCGCUGGCGCUGCUCCAGGCGGUGUACAUGUCUCGGUACGGGCGGUCGGCGAAAUUCGACGGGACGUGCAUGAAGAUGAUGGUGCGCUGCUUCGCCAACCUCGACGACAUGCUAGGUCUGCGGUGGUGUCUGCUGACGGCUCUCACGCGCGGUACCGCGCUGAACCACAGCCUCGUCGUCGAGGUGCGCCGUGUUCUCUCGACCCUGCACGCCCGCCAGGGCACCCGUUCAGCCAAGCACGCCCGCGCUCGCAGCCUGCGCCUCGAGUACCUGGCCCACCUCGCCGACCAGCUCGAGCGGAAAUUCCAGGGCGACCCGGAAGCCCUGUCGUUGACCUUCCGCCGGCCUCCCCGGCGCCUGUCACGGAAGACCAUCCUGAAACGCGUCCCCAGCGGCAACAACCACUCGUUCCUGUUCCAGGUGAGCAAUGUGCGCGAGCAGGCCGAGCGAUGGGACGAGGAGCAAGAGUUCGAGGCCCUGUUUGGGCCCCUGGAACGCAACCAGGAGGUCAUCGCGCGUGUCUGGGACGAAUCCAAUAUGGUGGUCACCGACGAAUAA